GGGCCCGUGUAAUGGAAAUAGAAAAUAAAAAUAGUCACUUGGGCAGCGUUACUGUUUGGCUGGCGAGAAAGAGGGAGAGAAUUAGAGAAAGAAAACUUGUUGGUGGUAUGGUUUAAUUUUGUGUUCCAUUGCUGCAGUAUUUCAGGAGCCAAAACACGCGAAGAGACGCAGACACCGAAGCUAAAGAAAUGGUAAUUUGUUCGGUCCAAAUCCCCAAACCGCUCUCGCCAUUUCCUGUCAAAUCAGGGGUUGAGUCGAAGCACAGUUGCUGUGUGACAAUGGGUUCUUCUUCUCGUGUCUCGUCGAGGUUGUCUGAGCAGGAGAAGCUGGUUUGGAUAUGGACUGAGAACAAGCUGGUAAUGACGGCCGCAGUGGAAAGAGGAUGGAACACUUUCAUUUUCUCGUCGGGAGACAAAGAAAUCGUGAAUGAAUGGUCAUCAAUUGCAUUGAUAUAUCCUCUCUUCAUUGAAGAGGGACAGCUUUUUGAUGGUGAGAAUAGAAGAGUUGGCACAUUUUAUGAGAUUUCAUCUUCACAGCAAUUACAGCAGCUCCAACCAGUUGAUGAGCAGGCCGAGAAUGUUAUCAUUAAUUUACUAGACUGGCAGGUGAUACCUGCAGAGAAUAUUGUUGCAGCGUUCCAGGGCAGUCAAAAAACAGUGUUUGCGAUCUCUAGAACACCCUUCCAAGCACAAAUUUUUCUUGAGGCGUUGGAGCAGGGGUUGGGAGGUGUUGUUUUAAAAGUUGACGACGUUGCAGCUAUUCUUAAGCUGAAGGACUAUUUUGACAGAAGGAAUGAAGCAAGCAAUUUUUUGAGUUUGACUAGUGCUACUGUUACUUGGGUACAAAUUACCGGAAUGGGUGAUCGUGUUUGUGUGGAUCUGUGUAGUCUCAUGAGACCUGGUGAAGGACUUCUGGUUGGGUCCUUUGCUAGAGGACUCUUUCUUGUUCACUCAGAAUGCUUGGAGUCAAAUUACAUUGCCAGCAGGCCUUUUCGAGUUAAUGCGGGACCAGUGCAUGCCUAUGUUGCUGUUCCAGGAGGAAAGACUUGCUACCUAUCAGAGUUAAAAGCAGGCAAAGAAGUACUUGUAGUUGAUCAAAAUGGCCGGCAACGAACCGCAAUUGUAGGGCGUGUAAAGAUAGAGACUAGACCCCUAAUCCUUGUCGAGGCAAAGGAAGAAUCAGAUAAUCAAACUCUCUAUAACAUCCUCCUACAGAAUGCAGAAACAGUUGCAGUAGUCUGUUCCACUAAUGGAAAUGGAGCUCAAAAGAGGGCAAUUCCUGUGACAUCACUCAAAGUUGGAGACCAAGUUUUGCUGAGAUUGCAGGGUGGGGCACGGCACACAGGAAUAGAGAUCCAAGAAUUCAUUGUGGAAAAUUGAAGAAGCAAGAUGUCAGUGCUUAUAAAAAGGACAAAAACAAGUCUCAUCCUGUAGGUGUUGAUUCCUGAUAAAAUCUUAAUUUAGAAUACGACGCAUUUUUUCUUGUAAUGCUAUGGUGUCAUUAAUAUUAAUGCAUUGAAUCACAUCAAUCCACGGUAAAAUACGAAAAAAAUAAAAUAAAAUAAAACACAUUAAGAUUUUAGGGCUUUGAA